CUACUUUCCACAGCCGCGUGGCCCGCCGCAACCCUCCUCUGCAGCCAUUAUACCAGAGCUUCGAGUUCGAGGGGUCCCCGGAGGACUUCCCAAGCCAGUUUCCAGGUCGCCGGACGGUCCCGGAACCACCCUGUGUUUUGAAUUCGUCUGCAAGGACGAAUAUUGGUACGGCAGCAGUGUGGCAAGGUUCUUGUACCUCGUUCCACUAGACGACUUAGCAAGUCACCUUCAAAAACACAGGGACUUUAUAUUCCCAUUCCAUUGAGUACCACACCACAAACAAACUCGGGUUAUAAUGUUUACGAAUGAUCGGAGGCAAGAAGAGCGAACUGGAAGAUCUGGAACUCCAAGGCUGCAAUACCUUCAGGAGUUGGUGACUCGAUUUCAGAGUACAACUGAUGAUGAAGAGGCAAAAGAGAAAAUUGUUGCUAAUUUGGCAAACUUUGCUUAUGAUCCUUACAACUAUGCCUUUUUGCGCCAGCUCAAUGUGUUGGAAUUGUUUGUGGACUGCAUAACUGAACCAAAUGAGAAGCUGGUGGAAUUUGGUGUAGGAGGGAUAUGCAAUUGUUGUGCUGAUCCGGCAAAUGCUGCAAUUAUCGCUCAGUGUGGAGGAAUCUCUCUUGUUAUUCAAUGUUUAUCAAGUCCAGUCAGAAACACUGUGAAUUAUGCAAUUGGAUCCCUAUAUUAUCUAUGCAACGCAUCUAACAAGAAGGAGAUUAUAAAGCCAGAGGUGGUUGAUGUCAUGAAGAGAUAUGCUGCAGCUGGAGCAGUAAAUGUCAGUUUCAGUAAUCUAGCCAAGGCAUUUUUGGACAAACAUGUUUCUGAAAACAACUUGAAGGCUAAGUAGUUUUUGUUAUUUGAUUAAGGUAUAAUGCAUGUUGAUUAUUGGUCUUUGUUAACAUUUCUUUCUUUUUUUUUGUUUUUUUUGUGUCGUCCUGAAAACUGUUUACUUUUGUUUUUGCGUAGUUGGUUUCAGCAUCUUUAUCUAAGGACUUGUAUGUUUUUUUACUGUGGAACGUAUUAAGCAAUACCCCCUUGAACUUUAGCCAUGUCGCCAUGUCUGAAACGGUUCAUGAGUUUAUUUACUCUUUCGCGGAAGAUGUUCGUUUUGUUUUUAAAAAUGUUUCUGAGGAGAGUGCACAAUAAAGAAUUUGUAUUUGUUCAUUUUGUCCAAAUAGAGAUUUGGAUGAGUGGAAGAUGUUCAUUUUGUUCUUCACUUUGUUCCUCUCAUCCAAAUCAGGAAUCCCACUGUUGACGACGAAGGCCAGGACAAGAUAUUCUUCCACUCUCUUUAGGAUCCACUGGACUUAGUAAGUUUAAUCUAGAGUCUAAUUUCUAAUAGUUUCCAUUUUUCAUUCUCCUCCUUUCUCGUUUGAUUUCUUCUAGGGUUUGAUGUGUUUAUCCUUAUAUUCGGUUCUCUGUAUUUUUGUUUUUUUUGUUUGUUAUUGUGAUUGAUUAUGCUUGAUUUAUAUGCUUUUGGUCUGAUUGUUCUUAAUUUUUUUCCCUGCCCUACUCUGUCCUUUUUCCAAGAUAGAACUAAUAAAAAGUCCCUCACAAAACUCUUCUUUUUUUUUUUCAAUUGAAAAACAUGGUAGAUAUUAAGGACAAUUUUUGUAUCAUGAGGACAAAAAAAAAAGUCACAUUUCGUGAGGGUGACUGGUUUAUUCUGAGCCCUGUUGGUUAUUCGUUUUGGGAAUCAAUUGUUUCUUAUUCCAAAUGUUUGUGUUUCAUCACAAGAAAUACUUUACUGAGGUUAGUUGUGGAUCCAAAUUUGCAAGAGCAGCAUUCCAAAUUACUUAAUCUUCUUCGAGUAGUCCAUUCUUAUCCUGACUUUUAGUGUCUUUGAAGAAUAUUGACUAGAUAGAAGGCUUGAGGUGAGGGUUGUGUCGUCAUUGUGGAGUUAACAUAUGAAGAUGCAAGAAACAAGGUUCGUUUAAUUUCUUUGACGAUAUUCUUAAGUGCCCAAUCAACCUUUCUUAUUGUAUGUGACAUAGUGAUUAUAACUUUUGGUAUUUGAGGAAUGAGACACUCCAAUUUACUCUGUUAGGUAUAUCGAGCAAGAAAUGACUGAUUCGAUGAGGGGGGAAAUUGUGGAAAUUUAGGGUUUGAAAUUCCAUCGAAAUAGGUAGAAUUUUGUCAACCCCAAGUAGUUUUUCGAUUUUUUCUUUUGCAGUCCAAAGCCCUGAAGCACCCAACGUUUAAGAUUAGACGCCCCAAAAGAGGAAAUUGUAGUUCGAAGCUUGGGAUUGGUUUCUUUUUUCGUUUUGAUAUUUUCUUAUAAAAACUUCACACAUGGUUCUUCAUUCUUGUGUUGCGUCAGGUAGUGUUAUUGCUUUGGUUGUUUCUACCAUUGUUCUUGGUUAUAAUCUAAUGAAAUGCAAAGUCAAAUGCAGUUGAUUGCCCUUUUCUUGCUACAGGUUCUCGGAACACAUACAACAACGAUUCCACCAAUAAGAAGAGAAGAAGGAAAAUAGGACCAAAAGAAGAUUAGGGGUAAACAAUGAUUCAAUCAUACAGAGAGACAAACACAAAAUUUGAGUUGAAGUGAUGAUGAAUUGCUCGAUAACCAUGCAUUGAUGUUAACUUAUGAUUUUGAAUAUCUCGAGAAAUAUCACUAGCAUCGUAGAUUGUAUAUUUUUACAUGUUCGUGUGAUUUUUGUUUGGUUAUUUGGGACACCAAUACAAAUUUGUGUCAUUGACAACAAGUACUAUAUAAGUAUAUAUCGACAGUUCUAGUUUUUGCCGUAUA